GUGAUCAUCCCAGAGUCGCCGCGGCACAGUACAGGCUGGCAGAACACAAGCAGUCACAAGCGGACAGCGAGUAGAGCCGGUUCCACAGCCCAACCAGUGUAAGUGGCCGUGUGGCUAACCCUUUCUUUCCCGUACGUAUUUGCCAGUAGCCGGGAUUGGACUGAGGGCUUCUGAAAAUGUCAGGGGAAUUAGCUUUAAAUAUUAACAUCAAGGAGCCCCGCUGGGAUCAGAGUACAUUUGUUGGAAGAGCCAAGCAUUUCUUCACUGUAACCGAUCCGAGGAAUAUCCUUCUACCCAAUGAUCAGCUGGAACGGUCUCGGCAGAUAGUUCAUGACUACAGACAGGGUAUUGUGGAGCCAGGACUGACUGAAGAUGAACUGUGGAGAGCUAAGUAUGUAUAUGAUUCAGCAUUUCAUCCCGACACGGGUGAGAAGAUGAUCCUGAUUGGGCGAAUGUCAGCUCAGGUACCAAUGAACAUGACCAUCACUGGCUGCAUGAUGACCUUUUACAGAACAACUCCAGCUGUGGUCUUUUGGCAGUGGAUUAAUCAGUCUUUUAAUGCCAUCGUCAACUACACUAAUAGGAGUGGAGAUGCCCCCAUCACUGUAAGCCAGCUGGGAACAGCUUAUGUUUCUGCCACCACAGGUGCUGUUGCCACAGCUCUAGGACUUAAUGCACUAACCAAGCGUGUCUCACCGCUUAUAGGAAGAUUUGUUCCCUUUGCUGCUGUUGCUGCCGCUAACUGUAUCAAUAUUCCAUUAAUGCGGCAAAGGGAGUUGAAAUAUGGUAUUCCAGUCACAGAUGAAAACGGAAACCGAAUUGGAGAAUCUGCAAACGCUGCUAAGCAGGCCAUUACCCAAGUCGUUGUUUCUCGUAUCUUAAUGGCUGCUCCUGGCAUGGCCAUCCCUCCUUUCAUAAUGAACACUUUGGAAAAGAAAGCCUUUCUAAAACGAUUCCCAUGGAUGAGCGCCCCUAUCCAAGUAGGAUUAGUAGGAUUCUGUUUGGUAUUUGCCACGCCUCUCUGUUGCGCACUGUUUCCCCAGAAUAGCUCAAUGUCUGUGACCCGUCUGGAGCCUGAACUUCAAGCAAAAAUUAAAGAAAACAGUCCAGGGUUGGCGCGCGUUUACUUCAACAAAGGAUUGUAAUUAUGGCAAACUAGGGAACCACCAACAAUCAUUUAAACGUCAUGUUCAGAACAUGUGCCAACAGUAUUGGAUGAAAAAAAAAAAUGAGAAUGCGUGUCUUUGACCUUUUUAGUAGGGAAAAAAAAAACUAACCAUACUUAUUUUAUACACUUAUGAAAAAGACAAAAAAAAAACAAAGAGUAGUCAAUCUGCAAUUAAAAGCACCAACUCAUUACAGACUAGUAAUAAGGAUCUCCUGAUGCUGAACUUUAAUUAAGUUUGAUAAUACAAUGCUGCAGUGGUUCAUAGCACAAAGAGUUGACAAGCACAGUAGCUCGGAAUAGUUAUGGGAAGUCCAUUUAAAGCCUUGUUCAGGUGGUCAUACCCAAAGUGAUACCCAGGGCUUUCAAAUUACACCCCAUUUUGUCUUUUUGCUAGCACAGUAUAACACAAUAAGAGAACUCAGGGAGUUCUUGGGCCAUGUAUGCAGAGCUCUGUGAAUAGGUCUAAUCUAUCCAUGCGCAUAUGUUUGGCAUCAGUAAAACCUUCAUAAAUACUUGAGAGAACAAAAAGGCUAUCGGGAAAUCAAUCCAUUCACAUUAACGAAAUACAAAGAGAAAAAUAAAGGUACAAUGUUACUUUUAUAUUCCCUUUUAUAUUUCAGUAAUAUGCUCCCUGGGUUUUUAAAGUGGAAGAAAUACAAAACCUGCAUCUUUAUUAUGCUGACUAUCUUUAUUAUGCCUGUGGGCUCAUUCAAUGCUGACAACUUAUUGGUAUAUGGGGCCAAAAUAACAACAAAUGUAGAUCAAUUUGGCUUGGAAAUCCUGUAGGGUGAGGACUGUGGAUGUGGUCUUCUCCUGACUGAUCUGCUCAGACGCUACUGUUAUUGAAUUACUAGCCAGGGGACCACGCAUUAUCAGAUUUGCUAAGUUUGGCCCAUUACCUGUCUAUUCAGAUUGGGGAAGGGGAGAGAAAGUUCCAAGGGUUUGACACUGUAACAGCUUAAAAAUAGACUUUUUGUGCUGCUUUAUGUAGUUUUUUUCCUUUGUAUCAAAUUUGCUUGGCCCAAAGAGACCUAGAAAGCCUGGGGAGUGAAUGCCAUAGUAUAUGUAAAGAGUAGUACCUGUACAGCAUGGCCCCAAAGUCAAGGUGUUAGUGAUUGGGGUCACUAAAGAUAUCAUACAGGCAGCACACCCCCUCCCAGUUGAUUUUGUACAAAGAUUUUACAAAUAUUGCUGAUUCUGGGUUUCAUGGCAGAGAAUUAUGCAUACCUCACUUAUGUUCCCUUUAAGGGGCUUCAAUUUAUAUUUUUCUACAUUCAGUAGUUUUGCUGUUGGUUUCUGUCCUGUGUAAUCGUCUAGGAAUAGUCAGUCUUAGAAGGCUCCCUCCAUUCAUUUUUGUUUUUCUGCUCAUUCGACUAUUACUUGACAACCAUUUAUAGCAAAUGCUGCUUGAACUGGAACAGGAUGCGGUACAAUGGUUGGUAAAUCCCACAAACACAUGGUUUGGCUUAUUGCAAGCUUUGAUAUAUAAAAUGAAAUGUAGCUA